UAGAGAGUAAAUUAUUUUUCAGUGAAGUAACAAAACGAAAUGGGCAAUUCCCAUUUCGCACUGCCUACUGCUUUAUUGUUAGCCAAUGAAAGACGUGUGUUAAAAAACGCGAAUUACUUGUAUAAACAAAAAUGAAAUAACUCCAACAGUCUUACUACCUUCAUUGUAGACGACCUUUUACAAUAACGCCCCUUUCUUCAACUUAUAGUCUUCCGACGUUACCGCGACGUUAUCGACUGAGUCAGUUCACUUCCUUACUUUUCCUAAUAGCAGAGCUCUUGUCACUUUUUGUGAUCCUGACAACACAUUUGAAAUUUAUCCCGACUUUCUCGCGUAUAAACCUUCAGCGAAAUAUGAUUAUAUCUCUCGCAUUAAUCAUAGAAAAUGAAUGAAAUUUUGCGUACAAAGACCUCAGGAGUUUUUACUACACAAAAUUAGGAUAACAAAAUUUCAAAAGUUACAAAAAAUGUAAUUGUUAUUAAAAGUUUUGCGAAAGAAAGCAUUUCGCUCAGAAUUGAAAGAAGAUGUUCGUCCACAGCCUUUCUGUCAUCUCAAUACUUGAGAUAACUCUCUGAUUGGUCAAACACUGCGCAUUUCAUGUCAUGUACGAGAAGCGUAGAACUACUUUGAAGCGCGGUAAUGUUUAGAUCGAUAAUUAGAAUCAGCUGAUGUAGACGUAUGUGUUUAAUUCCUGUCGGCGAAAGUUGGCGCAGCGUGUCUCUUCGAAAUCAACAAACAAACAAAAAGAUAAACUUAAAAAUUACUCAAGAGUUUGAUUGGCACUAUCGAGUCGCUGAUAAGCACAGUCGGUCGGAGAGGUUACACGCAAUUCGGAAAACAUGCCGCAGGGAAGACGAAAAGUUCCGUUUAGCGGAAAAGCUAAAAAGCAACAAAUGCAAGUUAAGAAACAGCGACAACGGACCUUUGGCGUUGCUCAUCAGGACGAUUGCGACGAGGGAUGUUCCAGCGAGACGAGCAGCGUGGAACAAGUCCAGAAGAUAAACAAACAGCCGGGGAAUGGAAAAUCAAAGCACAACAGGUACGCGCUACAGUUCUUUCAGGAGUUCAAUCAGGAAUUGCGAAAACGCAAAGAACAAGCCUUUAAAACUCUCGAACCUGUGAGCCUCAAGGAUCAAGAAGUGUCCGACAAUUAUUUUCCACCCGAGAUCGAUAUGCCAAAGCGGCCACCGUGGAAUUUCAAUAUGACAAAAGAGCAGUUGGAUAUAAUUGAACAUAGAUACUUCACAGAAUAUUUAAGAAAUAUGGAAAAGUUAGACAAGUUGAGUUACUUUGAACUAAACUUGGAAACUUGGCGUCAGUUGUGGAGAGUCUUGGAGAUGUCGGACGUUCUCUUGAUCAUUGUUGACAUUCGAUAUCCCGUCCUGAUGUUUCCUCCGUAUUUGUACGAUUACGUGACAAACGAGCUGCAGAAAGACAUGAUUUUGGUGUUGAACAAAGUGGAUCUGGCGCCCCCGGCCUUGGUCGUGGCCUGGCGGGAAUACUUUCGCAUUCAGUACCCGAAACUGCACAUUUUAAUGUUCACGUCGUUUCCGACUUACAAUCUCCGUGGUAACACGAGUGCGGAGGAAGAAGGCAUAAAGAAACGACGUCGAAGAGGAAAAUUGAAAAUGGCCGCAGAAGGAGCGCAGAAGUUGCUGGAGACAUGUAGGGACAUCGUCGGAGACAAAGUCGAUCUCAACUCUUGGCACGACAAGAUUCAGGAUGAGAUGCACACGGAAUACGAUCUCGACGACAUAGAGCACAAGGAUAACGUAACGAUCGAGACGGCGGAUACUACUUAUUUCGAACACGAGAAAUACAAGAACGGCGUUCUCACCAUCGGAUGCAUCGGUAUCCCGAAUGUGGGAAAGUCGUCACUCAUGAACGCGCUGAUGGGCAAGAAAGUUGUGAGUGUGUCCCGAACACCCGGCCACACCAAGCAUUUUCAGACUAUUUAUCUCACAAAAACCGUGCGUCUGUGUGACUGUCCCGGCUUGGUUUUUCCCUCGAUCGUGCCCAAACAGUUGCAGAUACUGAUGGGCUCGUUCCCGAUCGCUCAGGUCAGAGAGCCGUACACAGCCGUCAAGUUUCUGGCCGAAAGAGUAGAGCUAUCGAAACUGUUGAGGAUCCCACACCCGGAGAACGACGACACGUGGUCCGCUAUGGACAUCUGCGACGGCUGGGCUAUCAAGAAAGACUUCAAGAACGCCCGAUCGGGUAGAUUGGAUUCGUACAGAGCAGCGAAUUCGUUACUACGAAUGGCGUUAGAAGGAAAGAUUUGUUUAUAUGUAUAUCCGCCGAAUUGGACUAACGAAAAAGAAAAAUGGGAGAACCACGCUGAUGUCGAGAUGGUGAGAUGGAUUCAGGCCAGAAAUCAAAAGGAUGAUUUAAAUACGCUUGAGUACGUAUCGUCCGAGGACAAUGAUACCGACAACGAAAAGGAACCAUCUGUAGAUGAGGCGAUCAGUAACUCGUCCGAAUCUUCGGACAACGAUAUUUUUGUAGCUAAUAAAUUCUCAGCAUUGUCCACAGAACAAUAAAGCGGUAUAUUAUUUUACAGA